AAUGUUGACUGUUCUUGGUGCUACCCUAGGAGCCAUCUUUGGAAUCGCCGCCCUUCUGAUUCUGCUGCUAUUCUGUCUAAAGUAUAAAAAGAACAAGAGCAGGAACGGUCAGGCUGGAUACGUGGAAAAGGACCGUCUUAGUUUCGCUGAUCGGGGAGCCGAUUACAUGAGCGAGGCUGGGGGCCGUGGGCUGAAUGACAAAUUUGUCGAAGCGAAUGCCUCUUCCACUUCGCUUGCAAUCAUUGCCGGUCGUGCCAAUGGCCACAAGAAAGGCAUGGGAAGUGAUGCCAGUACAGCUGGCUUGAUCAAGAAGAGCAGCCCCCUCGGUUACUCCGAAACGGUCGAGUUGUCCAAGUUCGAUUUGAAACCUGAGCCCAACCCGGAGACCUUGGUCCGACAGAACUCGGGCCGCAUGCCUCCGCCGGUGACUGCUGCAAACGCAACACGUAGCCGUAGCUCCGGGUGGAGUCGCUACUUUGCCAAUAAUGAAGCUACAAACUUGGCUCAGAUGCCCAACGAUCGAUCUACCUUUGGCUCUGAGAGGACUAGCACCGGCAGUCACUCCAUGUACACAAACUCACAAAUGUACAGCCAGCCUUCUCAAGCCGUUGCGCCUCUCGAUUUGCCUAGGUUCGAUCAAUCCAAGUUUGACGGGCAACGCAUGAGCAAUGUCGUCCGCGGUAGCCCAUCUCUCGGCAACUCGCAAGAGGACUUGCCUGGACAACCAAUGCAGGCUCAACUUUCGCGUGCUGAUUCCAACGGCAGCACGAACUCGGGAUAUAGCCGCGAUGACCACUAUCUAAGGAACGGCGUCGAUAGCUGGUCACCUGUCAACAAUGAUGGUCGCCCCGCGAGUAGCAAUUAUACCGGGAGCGUCGUUAUCGAUGACUACCGCCAGCAGGCUGCCAGCCAGUAUUACCCCGACAACACGUCCUCGUAUUAUCCAAAGAGCAACAUGAGCUCAUUCUACCCUGGUCAGAAACUUGGUGCUCCCGAGAUUCGUGACAGCACGGCCACCGUCUUCCCCAGUGCGACACCUGCCCACAAUGUCGCACCUCAACCACAAAACAGCACCUACAGUGAUUUCUAUCCUGCCCCACCCCGCCUAGGAGCGGCACCCGAGGACCGUGAAAGCACAGUGACCGUGUUCCCCGGUAUCCAGCCGGGCGCUGAUCCCAAGGCCAACCAGACUGACAUGUCGUGGCUUAACCUGGGCACAAGCGCCAAAUGA